AGAGACGAGGAUAACGCUGAAAGAAAAAUGGCCGUCCAUUUCCUCCCUCUACUCUUCCCAGUGUUCCAGCUGUGUUUGUUACGCCCGGCCCACGGGGCGGUGUAUUACGGACACAACCAGCCACCUCACCAACCUCUGCCACAGCACAACGACGGGUAUCCUCAGCAACAGUUUCUGGGGAACGAGAUGCCACUCAUGCCGUUGGUGCCUCAGUAUGGAAAAGAGAUGCCUCAGCUGCCUUUGCAAAAGGGAAAAGUGAGACCAUUGUUUGAAGGCAAAGGUCAGACAUUCCCCAGAGGGGCUAAAGGUCCACCUCCCCCCGGCCCUGGCGUAGAAGGUCUCCAAGAGGGUCCGCAAGGAAUUCAAGGCCCCCCCGGACCGACGGGACCACCGGGACCACAGGGCCCUGCCGGACAACCAGGCCAGGGAUUGCCAGGGUUACCGGGAAAGCCGGGGCCUCCCGGUCCUCCCGGUUACCCAGGAAUAGGAAAGCCCGGUAUGCCGGGAUUGCCAGGAAAACCCGGAGGUCCAGGGUUCGGAGGACCGAAAGGCGAUCUCGGUCCAAGCGGUAGCGAGGGACCAACGGGACUUCCCGGUCCCGCCGGCCUUCCGGGUCCCCCUGGACUCCCUGGGAUUUCAAAAACAGGAGGCCAGGGGCUUCCGGGCCAGCCAGGACCUCUAGGGGAGCCCGGUCAAAAGGGUCCAUCUGGGCUGUACGGUACCCCGGGCCCCAAGGGAGACAAAGGAAUCGGUCUACCCGGUUUGCCAGGUCUGAAAGGACCCGGCGGAUCCCCUGGUCCACGUGGAAACGUGGGCCUCCCCGGUAUCGGCAAACCUGGCCUCAACGGCGUACCCGGACAACCAGGGAUCCCCGGAAAACCAGGUCCACCUGGAGAGCAAGGCCAGGCGGGACCAUUUGGGGAAACGGGUCAACCGGGGCAGCCAGGUUUGCCAGGAAUCGGCCAACCGGGACAAGAUGGAUUUAGAGGUCAACCGGGGCCCUCGGGAGGUAAAGGAGAAGGGGGGCCACAAGGCUUACCGGGGGGUCCGGGACUACCGGGUUACGGUAAACCGGGUUUCCCGGGACCUAAGGGUCACAAGGGACACGGAGGUCUUCCUGGACCUCCGGGCCUUAAAGGCGAUAAAGGUCACGGAGGUGUUCAAGGGGUCAUCGGUCCCACCGGUCUCAGCGGUAUGCCUGGUCCCCCGGGUCCAAUCGGGCCUCCCGGUAGUCUGGGCUUCCCGGGACAAAAGGGAGAGUACGGUGCCGGAGGAACUAAGGGAUAUCCUGGAACAAAGGGCGAAUUAGGGCCUCCGGGUCUUCCGGGACAGACGGGUAGAUCGGGAGAGGGCGGACAGCCGGGACAAAGAGGUUUUCAAGGGCCUACCGGCCCUAAAGGAGAAGCGGCUACAAGGGGUUUACCGGGCGUCCCCGGUGCUGCCGGAUUACCGGGAUCGAGGGGAGAGGGAGGGAAUUCUGGAGAAACGGGCCACCAGGGACCUCAGGGAAUUCCAGGGAUCACUGGACCAGGGGGACCGAUCGGACCUCCCGGCCCGCUGGGCCCAAAAGGCGAAACGGGGGUGUCCGGUAAACCCGGCUAUCCCGGAGACGGUAAACCGGGAUCGCCCGGUCACAUCGGUCCUCAAGGUAACACCGGUCCCAGUGGGCAACCUGGAUUUCCAGGGCAACGGGGACAACCGGGAGCCCCUGGUCCUCCGGGACCGCCCUCUGUAUCUCCCGAUCUCGGACAGGUCCUCCCGGCGAGCGGCCCGUACAGCGGCGAAAGACAAGGUUACAAGAAACAGAAAAAUGGAGGCGAGAUCGGCGUAAACGGCGCGGAGUUGCCGUCGUUCACGGCCAAGCUCACCAAUCCGUUUCCUCUCGUGGGCUCUCCGGUAAUCUUUGAUAAACUCCUGCACAACGGCAAUCAAGACUACAAUCCCCAAACUGGUACUUUUACCUGUACCGUACCGGGGGUGUACUACUUUGCCUACCACGUCCACUGCAAGGGAAGUAACGUGUGGGUGGCGCUGAUGAAGAACAACGAGCCGGUCAUGUACACUUACGACGAGUACAAAAAGGGCUUGCUGGAUCAGGCGUCCGGGAGCGCCGUACUCCCGUUGCGACAAGGAGACGCCGUGCACUUGCAGCUGCCGUCGGACCAGGCCGCGGGACUUUACGCCGGCCAAUACGUCCACUCGACAUUUUCCGGAUACUUGUUGUACCCGAUGUAAGCGACGCAUUUACAACACAGUACUCGAGCCUCAAGUUAAAUAGUUUACGAGGAGCGGCGGCAGAACGAUGGUUUUUGUAGCGGCAACAUAGUUCAUUGAAUAGUUUUUUGCAUUAUACAACUCGGAUCCAUAUCUGGUAAUCGGCAAUGAUUACAAUGAAGCCGCGAGGUCAAAAGUGACUGAAAUACAUUUAUUCAUAUACUAAUCCGAAUCAUGACUUUGCGGGAAUAAUUUCUUGAACAAUGUGGCUAGAAUUGUUUUUCACUGGGCACAUACAAUACUAUGGGUGUUAUCAUACAAUGCAUUUACUCUUAUCGUAACUUACAAUGGGGUUAUCGCGUAGUUAAGUUAUUGUUGUUUUUGGAUGUUAUUUGGGAAAUGCAGCUUUUUAACUUGACUAAAUCUUUUGUCUCAAAGUCUGGCACUUUUUUGAUCCAACUCCACGCCACAUCUCAGUUUGGAACCAAAUCAAACAAUGCCAGCAAUUUGGUAGAUUAUCUCCUAGUGACCAUUUGACGAAUUUGUUUUGAGUUGAGUUGGUCAGAAUUGUUUGUAAUUUAUUUGUUUGACUACUGAUUACUAAGCAUGUUGUUUUUUUAGUGGUAAACAGUCAUUUUGGGAAUUUAAAAACAGCCAACCUAUUGUUUGUAAAAACACCUACCCGGUAAUAUCUUUUUGCAUUGGCGUUUAAAGAUUUUGAUCUGCAGUACAGUAGUUAAAAUGAUGUUUGCAAAAGCAAAUAAGAAA